AGAAACAAGAUUGCCCCUGGCACGAAAAAGAGGAACAAAACGAAUGAAUCCAGAAGGACUCUACAGUAAGUGCAGGCGGCAGAACAUUUGAAGGUUAGCAACUAGGUUUAUGGUAAUUAAGUGGAAUCAAGACUUAGUCAAAGAGAACUUGAGAUGGCGCUCCGUACAACGUUGCGUGCUGUAUCUCUGCUGGUGCAGAUUCUAUUCGUGUGUGGCUUUCAGAGUUAUAUGAACAUUUCUGCAGCUGUCUGGGUUGAAAUCCCCGAGGACAUAUCUCCAGGCAGCACAGUGGUCGGUCCGCGAGACCUCGUUAACGCCAGUGUUAAUUUUACGGAAAACGGAGAUGAACAAUUUUGGUCUGUAAACAUCACCGGAGGCGACGAUUUGGGUCGUUUCAAGGUUCAUACCAAGAACCUGACGUUGUCCGUUGCGGCUCCGCUGGACUACAUGUUAUACCCGCGGUACAACCUGACGUUGGAGCUGACACGUGCGAGAGACAAAAACACUUCUAGUACUUGGUACGUGAAUCUCGUAAUCGAGGUCACUGACGUGUCAGAAUACCCACCAUUGUACGACAAACGGUGCGAAACGCCAGUUCUAUCCGAGCGACGAAAGGGCGAAAAGUACACUGUGAUCAACAGCGACGGGCCUCUGUAUGGCUUUCUCAAUGGUGAGCGUGUUGUAACGUUCCCGGACUUGCUGCUAUUGAAUGACAAUCGUGAGAACUAUACUGUUGUGGAUAAGUACGUGCAUAUGAACGAUGACUGCUCCUUUCGAAUCUCGCUUGGUACGACCAGACUAGUUGGGAGUCAAAUCUUUCUCCAACCGUGGCUUGAAGAGCCUCUAAACGGAAGAGUUGAAGCUCAAUGUAAUGACAGAAAUGGGAAAACUAUAGGUAAAACCUACUUAUUGGACAUUUUUAUCGACGAUAAGCUUCCUAUUUGGGUACAGGGCAGCAAGUUCAACAUGCAUGGACGCGUGCGAUAUGUUUGGGCUUUCGAGCUGAAUGACGUGUGGUCUUCUAUCUCCUAUUGGUUCCGAUGUAGCAUUUACGCUACUUUUGUCGACGUCCUAAGUCUUGCCGAGGUCUUUGCCGAGUACAACGUUACAGGGUGUCCCGUGGGCAGGUACGGACUAGAAUGUGACAAAAACUGUGUUUGCAAGAACGGGGCCCGUUGCCAUGGCUUCAAUGGCGCGUGUGAGUGCCGUCCGGGCUGGAGAGGAAGGGCCUGUGAUAUUCCCUGGCCUGAGGUUGUCGUUAUAGCAACGCCUGGCGAUUCAGUUGUCAAGUACAUAGGUACCAAUCUGACUCUAACUUGCCUGGCUCUACACAUCCAAGUAGCAAAUAUGACGUGGGUUUAUCAAGCAGAAAAUGAACGUACCAACACAAAAAUCACUGAGGAAGGAGCGGUACCGAACAGUUCCAUCAACUUUCAACCGAUUGUAGAGUCAGCGAAUGGAAAAUACACUUGUGUGGUAAAGCAUGAGGAUGGUAAACGUUUCAAUGACAUUUACGUGUUGAACGCCACAGAAUGCCAACCCAACUAUUACGGGAAGGUUUGUAACCAAGCGUGUAACUGUCAGUACGGAGGGACGUGUGACAGGUGGAAGGGUUGUCUGUGUCCUCCGGGCCGUCGUGGAGACAGGUGUGAGUACAUCUGCGCACCUGGCACAUUCGGGUGGAACUGCAGCAUGAGCUGCUACUGUGAGAACAGCGCCCCGUGUGACGCAGUGAAUGGUAGCUGUAUUUGUGCCCAAGGGCAGUCGGGCGAGUUUUGUCAGAUCGUGUCCAGCGUUGGAAAUAAUCAAGUCGUCGUUAUGGUGUUGGCAUCUGUUCUUCCGACCAUUGCUGUAAUCGGUUGUAUCGUGACUGGAGUCCUGGUAAAACAGCGUAGGCGGCGCCCAACUCCAAGAAACACAAAACAGACAGAUAUCAACCUAGACGUCAUGGAAACUCUGUCAUCUUGGGAAGUGGACAAAGAGGACAUCAUUAAUUUCGAACACAUGAUCGGCGAGGGAGAGUUCGGCCAUGUUGUGAGGGGAAGACUGCGUGUGCCCCAAGGCUACCAGGUUUUGGUCGCCGCCAAAAGUAUCCGGCCUGACCGCGUGACAGCGUCGGCUGCCCGCGACUUUCGACGCGAGAUGCACAUCCUCGCCAGGAUCCACGAGGACAAAGAGGGGCACCCGAAUGUGGUGAAGUUUUAUGGAGUCGUGACCAAGUCGGAGCCUCAGUACAUUCUUGUUGAGUACGCUAUGAAUGAGGACCUGCGGCGGUACCUGUGGACUAUAAGAGAGGAGCGUAAGACCACAGGACAUACGAGACUGUUAGAACGGCUCAAUUUUGCUCAUGACGUGGCCAGCGGGUUAUCAGAGCUGGCGCGUCUGAAGAUCGUGCACCGGGACAUCGCAGCUCGCAAUGUCGUCAUCAGCGACAGGAAGGUGGCUAAGAUCGCGGACUUCGGGCUGUCGCGUGACGUUUACGUGUCGUCGGCGUACAAACGCACCAACCAGGGCGGGGAGGAGGAGCUGUUGCCGCUGAAGUGGAUGGCCCUGGAGUCGUUACGGGACGGGGUGUACACGUGCGAGAGUGACGUGUGGUCGUACGGCGUGCUGCUGUGGGAGAUCGCCAGCUUUGGGGAGGAGCCGCGCUAUGCUGGCGGCCCGAUGCACCCGGACGUGUGCACACUGUUGGAGCUGCUGAGGAAAGGAGUCCGUCUGCAGCAGCCGGAGAACUGCUCACAGCCGCUGUACCGCAUCAUCAGGUCCUGCUGGAUAGUGGACCCGUCCAAGCGACCGACUCCAGAGGAACUGUUGGACAAGAUAGAUCAACUGAAGCCGCCGAGGCAUGCCGCUCACCUGGUCAAUCAUGAUCUUCGCUAA